UAGAUCAAACUCAUCCCCGCGUUCGCGCUAGGGGUUCGCGCUCAGUGGCUUAGAAUUACGCGCAAAAACCCGCGAUCAUCGGUACGGGGCAGAAAGAGUAAUUUGUGCGCUUAAUAGAAAUACUGCUUGUGUGUGUGUUUGUGCUUAUAGUUGCUAGAGAGGAAAAGUGUGUUUAUUGAUUCCGGUAACGUGCAAUCUGGUGCAUGUUGUCUGCUGCCGCCACCAAAAAAGAGCAUUAAACACAGCAAACAAACGAAACGAAAAACGAGCAACUUCAAUUAUAGAGAGCCACACCGUUCUCGGCACAUACCCGCCCGGGGCAUCAGCCACCAGGCACGAGCUAAUUAAGCUGUAACCUUUUCCGAUUAGCCAGUGUGUGGGCAGGGCGCAACACAAUCAAAUUAUCCAAACCCUACGUGCCCUCGGGGGGUACGCAAUCGCACGCGCGCUCGCACACUGUGAAUUUAAACUUCGCUCGCCAAAUCCGUUAACGGAAGCGCAGCACAGCAGACGCGACCGAAGCAGCAGAGCAGCUUUUCUUCCCGGGAACAUCUCAAUCUACGGCAUCGAACGCCGACAGACCGGCUGGCGUUGUUGAGCACGAAGCCAAAAGCGCCACGGUGGAAGGAUGUGGAGCUACGAGCGCGGUGGUGGUGGUGGUGAUGGCGCACGGAGGAACGUAAAUUUAUGCAAACUCAUAACGACCGCCGCAGCGAUAGCAACGACCGUCCUUGCCAGAGCAGCUUCUUCGCUGGAGGUGAUGUGCACGCACAGUGACAGCUACUUCUACUCCAUCCCGGGGUCGCGCUGCACCGCCUACUACCGCUGCUACCAGAACCAACCGAUCCAGUACAGCUGUACCGAUGGUGCAAUGAUUGACUUUUACCAGCAACGCUGCGUCCGCACGGAGGGAACAUGCUACGAAGCGGUCUGCAUCGGUAAAACGAACGGACUGUACGCCGACACGUCCCAGGGCUGCCGGCGAGCGUACCGAUGCCGUGGAGGCAAAAUCACAACCAUUGAAGGUCCCUGCCCGCUGGGGAUGCUGUUUGAUUCCGCAACUAGCGCGUGUGCCCCGGAAGAUUCGGUCGCUGUUUGCGAAAGCCCAGAAACGACGGCCGCCACCAUCCGGUACGAGGCUGAUGCGCGCUGUUACGGGCUGUCGGAUGGAAAUCACGUCUUGCCCGGAGAUGGUGCCAAUUGCAAGAAGUAUCUUCACUGCCGCAACGAUCAGGUUGUGGAUGUGCUGGAGUGUCCACCGGGCUAUCGAUUCGACGAACGCACCCAACGGUGUCGUCUGUCCAACCAGGGAUCAAACUGUCGUACCUCUUACCAACCCCAGCAGCUGGCCGAUGAGAAUGGUUGUAGCUAUCUUCCGGAUGGGCUCCAUCUUGCCGCCACUUCGCACGACUGUCGAGCGUACGUGAAAUGCCAAUCCCGCCGGCUGGUCAGUCGCCACGACUGCCCCCCGAUGACGGUGUUCAACGGGCAGCAGUGUGUGCCCACCUUUCUGUACCACUGUCCCCGGCUCGAUCCGCCCGGUGAUAUCUGCCACCAGCGGCACGACGGCUACCAUGUGGAUCCACGCAAAGGCUGCGCUUACUACGUGCGCUGCCAGGGCCAACGGACGGUCGAGCAGCACUCCUGCCCGAACGGGUUCCACUACGACCCGGCGGAGAGUGCCUGCAUCGAGUCCGCGCUGGACACCGGCUGCCAUCGCAUUCCCUACUCUCCCGAUUGUGUACAGCGAGCGUCCGGAUACUAUCAGGACCUUACCGCCAUGGAUGACGACGUGUCGCUGAGCCCGUGCCGGGCGUACUUCCACUGUCACAACGGGGCGAGGACGAGCUUUCGCUGCCCGUACGGCUACCUGUUCGAUGGGGAAAACUGUGUCGCCCAGGGCGCCAGUGCCUACCAGUGCCCGGUAGAGGACGUUAACUCCUGCCAGGGCAAACCGAACGGGUACUACAAGGAUGCACGCGCCGGCUGCCGUGCGUACCAUCUCUGCACGAACGGGCACAAGAUCUCGUACCUGUGCGAGCCGGGACAAAUUUACGCCCAGGGUAAAUGCAUCGCCGGGACCAUUGUGCAGGGCGUGUGUGACGAGCCGGAUACGCCCUGUGCUGGACGGCCCGACGGGUACUACCAGGACCGGGACACCCAGUGUCGCCAGUACUACUUCUGCCAGCGGGGCGAGAAGCUGCAGACGCUUACCUGCCGGGGCAGCAAAAUCUUCGACGGGCGUAGCUGUGUCCCGCCGGACAGUUACACCUGCCCGGCGGCGGGCGCGGACGAUGUGGAUGCGGCCGCCAGCGAGAACUGCAUCGUGCGCCACUGCCACGAGCCGGUCUGCGCGAAGGGUGGCUUCUUUGCGGAUUAUGAUAGCGGGUGCGAGCAGUACUUCUUCUGCAUCGAUGGCAAGCAAAGUGUGCUGAGCUGCUCCGACGGGUACGUGUUCAAUGGGGAGCUGUGUGUGCCGCGGGCGUCCUACUACUGUCCCCGGUACUGUACUCCGCCGGAAUCGUGCUAGCGACGAGGGUGGCGCUUGUCUUUGACGUUCAACGCUGUAACGCUAGACUGGGCCAUGCCUGGAGUGGAAAGGAAAUGCAAAUACUCUUCACCAAUCACACACACAAACGCCCUGCCCUAGGAUAAAUAAGUUCUUAGUGCUUAAGUCUUGCUAGCCAAGCUCAAUGAGCCACGGUGACCGUCAUCGGUGUGCUCAUUAUACAAUGUACGUUUGAAUUCAAACACUCUUCGUAAGCGGCUACUGUAGCUGUACCAUUAUUUAUAUACUGCUGUACAUGUUACCUUGUUUUGCCAAAUAAAUUGUUUCUUUUAUU